CAACAGGUGCAGUAGCUAUCACAAAACCGAUAAAACGUGCUGAAUUGCAGCACACCAAUCAAGAAAAUAUUUAAAACAUGAAUUAAUUACCAAUCGCAACCGGUAUUCUUGCUUUUCUCAUCUCCCGCUAAUCUCUAUUGACAUUUUCAUGCCCGAAUUCCUGAUAAUACCUAUCAGAAAAAUCCGUUUAUAUACGAAUUAAGCCACAGCUAUUUCAGGGUCAGUGUUAACGACUAACAAGCCUCGAUUGUUGACUUAUUUAAACCAACAGAGACACAAUCGUGCAAUCGUUCACGCAACAUGGCACCGAAAGUGGAGCGAAUUACAGAAGCUACGGAAUUAGGAGAAGGUCCUCACUGGAACGCAGCCACCCAGAGCCUCUACUUCGUGGAUAUUUUCGGAAAAUCAAUACACCGGUAUGUGCCGGCAACAAAAAAACACACGACGGCUGUCAUCGGAACCGGCCACGUCUCCAUCAUAAUCCCCAUCGACGGCCAAAAAAACAAAUUCGUCAUCAGCAUCGGUCGCGAGCUCUACACAAUCAAAUGGGACGGUGAAACCCCCGACGUGUCCGAUCUCACAAAAAUAGGCGCCGUCGACGACAACCCCGACACCCUCUACAACCGAUUCAACGACGGCAAAUGCGACCCCACCGGGCGCUUAUGGGUCGGCACCAUGGGCGAAGAGCCCGAAAACGGCCACGUCGCCCGCAACAAAGGCGGCCUCUUCAGCAUCGACUCCAGCCAAAAAUUCAAAAAACACUUAAGCAACAUCUCCAUUUCAAACGGUCUGGCCUGGAGCAGCGACCUGAAAAAAAUGUACUACAUUGACUCGCUGAAAGUGACGAUUGAUGAGUACGAAGUGGAUCUGAAACAUGGCAGCUUGUCUAACGGGAAGCCCAUUUUCACUUUGGAUAAGCACAAAAUCCCUGGGUUUCCGGACGGGAUGGCUAUAGACACCGAUGGGAAUCUGUGGGUGGCGAUUUUUAAUGGUUGCAGAGUGAUUAAAAUAGAUCCCCGCAAACCGGAAACUCUUCUUCAGACGAUCGAGAUUCCUGCGAAACAGGUGACUUCGGUGGCUUUCGGGGGGCCGAAUUUGGACGAGCUUUAUGUUACAACGGCUGCUUUUACUGUGGAUGGGGUGGAAUUGCCUCCACCUAAUCAUGGGGCCACUUACAAGGUGACUGGAAUUGGGGCUAAAGGCUUGCCCGGAGUUAAUUUCAAGCUAUAAUUAUAUUACAAUUUUAUCUGUGUUACAUAAUGAUAACGAUAAUAAAGUGAUUAAUAGAAAAA